ACUUCCGCCCCAGAGAGGAAGCAGGGAGGUCGGAGGCCUGGAGAGGUGGGGACCCCGGGGUGGUGGCGGCCCGGAGUCUAAGCGACGGGGCGAGACGGGGCCGACAGGUGGCAGGAGGGAGCCGGGCCGGAGCCGGAGGGAGGGCCAGGCCCGGAGGCCCCCACCCUGGCGUGCCCGCCCGGGCCGCGGCUGAGGAGGAGGAGAAGGAGGAUGAUCUCCAGAUACACCCGGAAGGCAGUGCCGCAGAGCUUGGAGCUGAAAGAAAUAACAAAACAUGCUCUUAAUCAUCAUCCCCUUCCAGAGAAGCUAGAUGAAAUUUCCUCUACCAACGACAGCCAUGAAAAAGAUACGAGUUCCCAAAGUGAGUCUGAUAUCACACGAGAAUCACCUUUUACAUCAGCUGACACUGGGGAUUCAAGAUCUGCUUUUCCGAGUUAUACAGGCACAGGGAUUUCUACUGAAGACAGUUCGGACAUCUCCUGGGGAUAUGGUGAACUUGAUCAAAAUGCCACUGAAAAAGUUGAGGCAAUGUUCACAGCCAUUGAUGAGCUCUUGUACGAGCAGAAGUUGAGUGUGCAUACAGAGAGUCUACAAGAAGAGUGCCAACAGUGGACAGCUAGCUUUCCUCACCUCAGGAUUCUGGGUAGGCAGAUAAUCCCUCCAAGUGAAGGUUAUGAAUUGUAUCCGAGAUCCCCUUCUGCUGUUUCAACUUCACAUGAAGCAAUCUUGCCUCAAGAAAGAGAUUGUACUAUAUUUGGUAUAAGGGGAAAGAAGUUACGUUUUUCAUCUUAUACUCAUAAAGCAUCUUCCAUUGCCAAAUCCCCCAGCUUUUGUUCUAUGGAAAGAGAAGAGGAAGACUGUAUACUCUUCUCAGAAGGAAUAAUUGAGGAAUACUUAGCAUUUGACCACACAGAUAUGGAAGAGGGAUUUCAUGGAAGGAAAUCAGAAGCAGCUACAGAGAAACAGAAAUUAGGGUAUCCUCCCAUUGCUCCAUUUUACUGCAUGAAAGAGGACGUCCUUGCUUAUGUGUUUGAUAACGUGUGGAGCAAGGUUGUGAGCUGUAUGGAGCAGCUGACACGUAAUCACUGGGAGGGAUUUGCUUCUGAUGAUGAGAGUAAUGUUGCAGUCACCAGACCAGGUUCAGAAAGUUCCUGUGUGCUGAGUGAACCACACCCUUUGGUGUUACCACGAGUGCCACAGUCUAAAGUGUCCAUCACCUCAAAUCCGAUGACUUUCUAUCAAGCAAGUGGUCAUCAGCCAAAUGGUCUCUUGGUUCAUGGGAUGCCUCUACAGCCAAGAAAUCUCUCCCUAAUGGACAAGCUCCUAGAUCUUGAUGACAAGCUACUUGUGAGGCCUGGGUCCAGUACCAUCCUUUCGUCCCGAAACUGGCCAAAUCGAGCUGUGGAGCUUAGCACAUCAUCUCUGUCAUAUACAGUGCAGUCCGCCAGGAGGCGCAAUCCCCCGCCGCGAACCCUUCAUCCCAUCAGCACAAGCCAUUCACGGGCUGGGACGCCAAGACCUGUGGAAGAAAUCUUCAGAGGAUCGCGAGUCCCGGCAGCCGACUCGCUCUCGUCUCCCUCACCAAUGCCCCUGAGUCGAAAUAAUCUGCUGCCACCUAUUGGCACAGCUGAGGUGGAGCGUCUGAGCACUGCGGGGCCACAAAGGCAACCGAAACCCCAUGGCGAUUCCAGUCGAGCUCGAAGUGCGGUGGUGGAUGAGCCUAACCAUCAGCAGCCCCAGGAACGGCUCCUUUUACCUGACUUUCUCUCCAGGCCCAAUACAACUCAGUCAUUUUUGCCGGAUACACAGUGUCGUCGUUCGUGCCCAGUAGAGUAUCCUCAUCAGGCCCGGCCUGGUAGGGGAUCUGCAGGUCCUCAGUUACAUGGGUCUACAAAAUCUCAAAGCAGAGGUGGGCCAGUCACUCGAACAAGGCAGGGACCAUAAAGCAAAUGAGAAGAACCUGCCAGGCAGCGGGAACACGUUGAGAAGACUUCAUGAAUCAGUGUUCAGUCAUCAAGUGAGACAGAGCUUGCACACAAGAUCAACUUGAAACCAUCUUCAUAAAGAGUUAUUUUGGUACAACUGACUGAAAAACACAACGCACCAAAGCGCACACAAGUGUCAUUUCUAUUUCCAGUUACUGUCUCUUUCAGCAUAAAUUAACCUAGUCCACUGGAGAGGAAAGUUUGUACCCAAACAUAUAACAAUGAAUAACACUGAAAUCACUGCUCAUGCUAUUAACAAUGAUCAGUUCAUCUAUGCGAUUACACAUACACAAAAAGCAGCAAAUGAUGUCUGGUAAUAGUUAUCAGUGGCCUCAGAAUACUUCAGCUUGUAUUAAUUUCUGGAGAGUUGUAGUCAGUUUUCAUUUGAAGUCAUUUUUAGAAGACAGUGCUAUCAAAAAUCUGACCUACUUAUCAAAUAGAUGUCCUUCCUACCAGUAGAUUAAGAUGAAAGGGAUAACUAAACAGAAAUGUUUACCAUUAUGAGAGUAAAAUAACUUAAGUCAUACUGCUUAUCGCUUUCAGACUGGACAGCUCAAACCUUACAAUGCCUACUUGUUAUCAGGUUAUACUUAUUUUCUUCUUGAAGUACUUAACUGGUCAUGUUUUUUCCCAACUAUUAAAAAUCACCUUGCCAGGUUUUCUCCUGCAGCUGAGACAGUCAAUUAAAAAAUGAUUUGUACAAUCUAUUAAUGAGCCACCAAAGAACAAGUCCUUAAAAAUUUAAAAACUCUGGCAAGUAGUCCAGCAUAAACAUAUCCUAUGAGCAGCAAAAGUAGAAAGGUUCAGCAUUCUGAUUUUACCACAGAGGGCACUCAUGAAUGCAGCAAUGGUUUUAACUAUGGCUUCAAUUCUAUUUAAAUUUCACUAAAUAUUAAUUUUGAUAGUCAUACCAGUUUUAGAUGUUAGUUUUCAGAGUGGAUAAAUUAAAAUUAUAAAUUAGAGUAACUUUUUAUAAUACCAGGGUGUCCUAAUGCUAUCAUAUGAAGACAUGCUUCAAACAACCUGCAUUAAAUUAUAUUUUUAAUACAAUUAGAGUAUUUUUUAAC